UUCCCCGGAACAGGAAAUGUCUCUAUAAAACCCGGAAGCGUGCUUGUUUCUUUAGUAGUAGUGAGUCUUGGCACUAUGUCAACCCCGGAGCUGCUGCUGGACUCUAGUAUACGGUUAUGGGUCGUUCUGCCUAUAGUGUUCAUCACCUUCCUGAGCGGUUUGCUGCGACACCAUGUGACUCGGCUGCUGCAGGAAGACAAGAAGACUGAACUGGAGCCGCUCAGUGACAGUCAGGUGCUGAUCAGGAGUCGAAUACUCAGGGAGAAUGGAAAAUACAUCCCCCGCCAGGCUUUUCUGAUGAGGAAGUCUUAUUUUAAUGAAGAAGAAACUGGAUUCUUCAAGAAAACAAAAAGGAAAGUUGCACAACGGAAUCCAAUGACUGACCCCACUAUGGUUACUGAAAUGAUGAAGGGUAAUCUUACCAAUGUCCUUCCUAUGAUUCUCAUUGGAGGCUGGAUUAACUGGGCUUUCUCUGGCUUCCUUACAACUAAGGUACCUUUUCCCUUGACACUUCGCUUCAAACCCAUGUUACAGCGUGGAAUUGAGCUGGUAUCACUGGAUGCUUCAUGGGUGAGCUCGGCCUCCUGGUACUUUCUUAAUGUGUUUGGUCUCCGCAGCAUGUAUACCCUGAUACUUGGACAGGAUAAUGCUGCUGACCAGAGCCGUAUCAUGCAGGAUCAGAUGACUGGGGCAGCUAUGGCAGCUCCUACUGACCCUAAUAAAGCUUUCAAGGCUGAGUGGGAAGCAAUGGAGAUUACAGAACAUCACUGGGCACUUGAGAACGUGGAGGAAGAUCUAAUUUCCAAGGAUCUGAAGUUAGAUUAGUGUUAUCUGCUGAUGCACGGAAUUAAAGAAGAGGGGGAAUUUGUUGGAUUUAUAUUGUAUGACAGACUACACAAGAGUAUUUACUAAAAAUUCAAUACAAUUGUAUGAAUUAUUCCGUAGCUCCUUCUGUGGAGCAGAUUUAUUACAACACUACUAAAGAUGUCUGUUUUAUGGACAAAAAAAAAAGUGCUCAUGAAAAUUGGAAGAAUACCAGUGAACCCCUCUGUUAAAAAGAUAUUAAAGGGACAUAAUACUCAUAUGCUAAAUCACUUGAAACUGAUGCAGUGUAACUGUAAAAAGCUGACAGGAAAAUAUCACUUGAGCAUCUCUAUGUAAAAAGGAAGGUAUUUUACCUCACAAUUUCCUCAGCUCACCAGAGUAAGUUCUGUGUAAAAAGUUAUACUCAGCUGCAGGUAAAAAAAAUGAACAGCAGCGCUGAGGUCAUGAACUCUUUUACUGAUAUAUCAUGAGAUUUCACUUAACGCUCAUGAAAUUUCAUUGUAAACUUCCCUAAACUGAAUAGGGAAAUAACAUGAGUGCACGAGGCUCAUCCCUUCAGCUGUCCCAGGACAUACAUACUAGCAUGCUGCUUAGAAAUCCUUUACAAUGGGAUGUGGCUACUGAGGAACUUUUGAGGUAAAAUAUCUUUCUUUUUUACAUAGAGAUGUUUAGGAGAUAUUUUCUAGUCAGCUUUUUACAGCUAUGCAGCAUCACUUUCAAGUGUUUAAACAUUUGGGUAUUAUGGCCCUUUAAGCAUUUUGAGAUUUUCAUAUAAAAUGUUUAAUUAUGUGUACUAAGAAAAGAAAAACGAAAUAUACUUUGAUUAUUUA